AUGGGCUCCAAGACAGCUGAAGACGAGGGCCAACAAGGCGGUAAUGAUCCGUCCGGCUCAACCAAGCCAAACGCCACUGGUGGAGAACCACGAGGUGCCCACCUGGCCCGAGAUGGAGAUGGAAGUCUGGGCGAUGGGGACAGCGACGAUGACGACGGCGACAAUCAGCCCGGGGCUGUUGCCGAGUCGCUAACAUCGCAAAAUACCCCGACAGACGCUUCAAAGAAGAAGAAAAGAAAGAAGUCGAAGAAGAAGAAGGCGACUACAGCCAAGCAGUCGUCUCCUCCUCGAAUUCCCCUCACCAAGAUCUACCAGAAUGAUCAGUACCCCGGUGGAGAGAUGCAAAGCUAUGAAUCUGUGGAUGAGAACACGGCUCGUACCACGGCGGAGGAAGCCAGAUACGAAUCUCGUCGUCUCACUCAGGACAAAACUUGGCUCACGAACUAUCGCAAAGCAGCCGAAGUGCAUCGCCAGGUUCGGCGUUGGACGCAAGAACAUGUUCGGCCGGGUCACACUCUCACAGAGAUUGCUGACGGUAUCGACGACGGUGUGAGAGCGCUGCUCGAUAACCCAGGCCUUGAAACUGGAAGCUGCCUUGUGUCUGGAAUGGGGUUCCCGACGGGCCUUGCGCUGAACAAUUGUGUUGCGCAUUACACGCCCAAUCCUGGUCAGAAGGAUAUUGUCCUCCAAGCAAGUGAUGUCCUGAAAGUGGACUUUGGUGUCCAUAUCAACGGUUGGAUUGUUGACAGUGCGUUCACCAUGUCAUUCGAUCCCACGUAUGACAACUUGCUUGCUGCGGUCAAGGAUGCAACCAACACUGGUAUUAAGAAUGCCGGUGCUGAUGUCCGGAUCAGCGAUGUCAGCGCUGCUAUCCAAGAGGCCAUGGAAAGCUACGAAGUAGAGAUCAGGGGUCAGACCUAUCCAGUGAAGGCUGUGAGAGAUCUAAGUGGCCACAACAUCAGGCAGUAUCAGAUCCACGGCGGGAAGUCGAUCCCCUUUGUGAGAACCAAGGAUCAGACCAAAAUGGAGGAAGGAGAAGUUUUUGCCAUUGAGACGUUCGGGUCUACUGGUCUUGGAAAAACCAGAGACGGACCUGGUGUCUAUGGUUAUGGCAAAGACCUGCACGCCCCAAAGAGGGUGAUUACUCCUCUUGCCUCGGCACGAUCUCUAUACAAGACAAUCAACGACAACUUUGGAACAAUUGUCUUCUGUCGCCGAUACCUCGAGCGCCUUGGCGUCGAUCGUUAUCUGGCCGGCAUGAACAGCCUUGUCUCCCAAGGAGUAGUCGAAUCUUACCCACCCCUCAUGGACAUUGAGGGGUCAUACUCCGCCCAAUUUGAACAUACCAUCUUGCUGGGUCAAUCCGGCAAGGAAGUCAUCAGUCGCGGAGAUGACUAUUAA